AUGAACUUAAACGUUCUCCUGUGUGCUAUUACGUUACUGACGUCGUAUUGUGGAUUGACGUCAGCAGUGUACUUCGAAGAAGGGUACGACCAUCACUACACGUAUACGUCGACAUCUGACGUUCUCGGCAUGCACAACGUCACAACGGUGAUCAAGUUUCGUGUACGCUGUGUUAACGGUACAAAUGACAGAGGCCGACUCCACAAGUUGCUCAUCGAUAGCUUCGUCCAACACUCGGAACAUGGCUAUACUGCGGACAACCCGCUGAAAUGGCACCUUGAUCACAGUUUCUUCUUCACGGUUGGGCACGAGGGUCUUGUUCGGCUUGUCCACUACCACCCGGAGGAGCUGUACGAGGUACUAGCCCUGAAAAAGGUACUCGCUUCCACCAUCGCAACACACGUGCAGGUUGGCGAAGGUCUGUCCUGGCAGUACGAGUCAGAGGAGGAGGACCAUGCCGGUACACUAAGUCACAAGUACGAGGGCACGCGGCUUGCGGACGGGGUGAAGUUGGUACGGAGCCAUCAGAGUCUCACUGAUGUUCACAGACUGCAUAAUAAGACAGUACACAUGGAUACGAGACUGACCCCUCAAAACGUUGAGGUCCUUGACAAUAUCACUCUGCAGCACGCGCCAAACAAAGUCAUCACGCAUACCAUGGAAGGAGUGGCGGAAAUUGAGGAAGAUAUAUCUGGAGAGUUUCCGAUUGUGUCGACUAUUUCAAGAAGCACGGUCAAGUUGGUGGUCAAAAACAAGCUUUACGAGCCGCCGACGCCCCACGCGGUCAAUGAGAUGCACAAUGAUUCAAUCAGUGUCAAAAUGAGGCCCCCAGUGAAGAAACCACUGAGAGAGGUGGAGAAGGACAUGCAGCACUAUCUUCAAUGUAUCCACGCCAUCGAGAACAAGUACGACCGAAACCGUACUGAGUGCGUACAUCAACUGCGGACGCUAGUGCGUUCCCUGGAGCGUCACGACUUCCUCCAGCUUGGGCGCGACGCGCUGUCCAAGGAAUGCCCGGAGAAUGACACGAUCUGUGCAGACGAGAGGAACCUUUUCAUUGACCUGAUAGCACAAACGAACAGCGCGGACGCCCAAUUACUGGUGCUUGAGUUGGUCUUUUUGAAGCCAAAUGUUUCCGAGGACGAUCUGAGGAGGUGUCUGUUCCACGCCAUCGCCAUACAGUCACCUGUGCAGGAGCUUGUUCAACACGUCGAAGCGCUCUGCUUUGAAGACGGGACUAUGAUGCCCGGAGACACGCCAACCCUGACGAAGACCCGGAAGCGUGCUUGUCUGUCACUUGGAGCGAUGGUUAAGUCCAUGCACAACAGUAACAUGAGCGAGUCUGACCGCAUCGUUGAGAGAAUUGAAAACUGGUUGGAUCACCACAAUGAGAGCAGAUCGAUGGAAAUCGUGAAACCAAGACGAAAGCGGUCAAUCAUUCAGCACGAUAUACCUGCGAGAAAGCACGUAGAAACAAAGACUAUUCUUAUCCAGUCUCUAGGGAACGCCGGGAAAACGCGAUCAUUACGUCACAUCCUGUCCUAUAUGGAACCGAACGCCGGUGUGACGGCGUGGAGAAGGGCAGCCAUUCAUAGUAUGAGACACUUCACCUGCAAUGAAAGCGCCGAUGCCUUGGUGAAAAGCGUUAUCCAUGACAGCGACGAGGUUGUUCGGCAGACCGCACACACUGUGCUAACCAAACACCCGAAGGCAACCGACAAGAAUUUCACCCUGCAACAGGAACCGGAAAUCAUUAGUAAAAACUACACGUACCCGAUUGUGAGUCGAGCGAAGAGAGACCUUUUGCAGACAUUAGAACAGGGAAUUCAUAUAGUACUUAAACCUCCUGGUGUUAAUUGGGACAAGAUGUUGGGUAACAGCGACAUCGGAGCCAGCUUCGGACUCACCAUGAGAAACGUACUUGACCUUAAACUUGCAUUGUUGAGUGGUCAUUUUGAAGUUGACGUGUUUGACAAAGUCUAUGCCGAGGCCCAUGUAGGGAUGAUCGGGAUUGAGGUGGACAUAAUCAAGGCACAUAUUUGCUUUAAGGGACAUAUUGAUUACGACUUGAACGUUCUUAAGGAUUUUGGGAUAGACAGCCUGUCGGACUUGGUGCAUAUUUUUGACAAAAUCCUCGCCAAGAUUGUUGAUCCUAUUACAAAUGCUGUAAAAAACUUCAUUAAGCUCAUCAACAUGUUCAAAGAUGGGAAAAGCCUUAAGAAUACUGUCAAUGCCUUGGUCGAUAUCGUGAAGCACCUACCAACCAGACUUGGCGAUGUUGCUGGCAGAAUGAAGAACUUUGUGAGGGAGUUGUUCAGUAUUAGCGGCAACUCAGUCAUUGAUGAAAUCAAGGCCAUCGUGAAGGAACUCAGGGAUUUCAUUUUUGGAAUAUCACAGGACGUGCUUAAGUUUUACAAUGACGUUGUAGAUUCUGUUACAAUUGCUCUUCCGUACGUCGUCAUGAAGCUAACUGACGCAGCUAAGACAAUCGCUCAGGCGGUUAUUAAGCUCGUCAACAACCCCAUGCAGGCCAUCACCAGUAUGUCGUCGGCAAUAGCUGAUAUUAAAAUGGCAAUCACAAUAAUGGUGGAUGUAAAAACUAGAAUUUUGGAUGCCUGUAUGUUUAUGAAAGGAAGGAGCAUUGAAUGGGUAUCUACGGCAAAGAGAAUUCCAUCGAUUCUUAAACGUCUGAGGGUAGCUUUUAACAAACUGACAAAUUCAAUCAAAGACGGUGCGAAUGCACUACGAAAAGAAAAGAAAUCGCUUGUUAGUGACGGUGUCACUCAAGUGAAAGGGUCAUUGCAAAAUGUUCAAGAAAACCUUAGAGCUAAAUGGGAUUACGUUUUAGAGCCUAUUAAACCACUGACUGACUUUGUGGUACCCUUCAUAGAAAUAUUCAAAUCCAUCAUGGACGCAGUACAGGGCUUUAAAUGGGCUUACAAGAAUUUAAAUCAAGCGAUUGAGACUAGCAAAUCUCUUACGCAAAAGGUGUUUGGACCGAAAUUUCACCGCAAAUUUCCAACAACCCGUCUUGAACAAUUUGACGAUUGUCCUGCUGGUGUCUGGCCAACCACAUCUAACGACGCAUACGAAACUACCGGGGUCAACCUCAAACUUGGCGUGGGACAAUCGAUACAGAUGCCAGUCAACGGGAUCUUGAAAGUAUUCAAAUUCGAAAAGAAAGUUGUAAUACAAGCAAUCGAUCCUGAAUUUGAAGGUACGGAAAUCGUUAUUGAAAACAUUGACGCUGAUCAGACAAAUCAUGGUAAAAAUGUCGAUGCGGGUAAAAAGAUAGGUAAGGUUACAUAUGCUCGUCGGUGCAAACCUUUGACAAACAGCGAUAGGCUGUCAACCAAAGAGUCACGGGGAAAGAACUAUAUUCACGUGUCUGUCCGUCCGUUCGACAAGAGCAUAGAUACACCUCCAGACGCUGAAUACGAAUACAAAGACCCUUCUCCAUAUUUAGACAGACUCGUUCCUAUUCCGAAAUGGAUACAGGACUGCAACGACCAUGAGUUUAGAUAUAUUGGGCAGACCUUUGAGUCUGGUGAGUCAGCGGAGAAUGAAGAUCCCGAUCAGAAGGAGGAACCUAUUAAAAGGAUUCGGGAACCGGACCCUGACACGCUUGAUGAGAUGCUUGGGGACGAGGAUCCGACUUACAGACCUGAUGACCCGGAACUGUACGAUCCUUCGUCGUUCGAGGAUAGUCUUAUGAAAAGUUUGAAGGAACAGGGCAAAAAGUUCGCAGGGCUCUUUAAGACGGCGCUUUAUGGAAAGAAUGGCCCUAAAGUACCAAACUUCCUUGAGGUUAUUGAUAUAAACGGAAAAACGGUGGAUUGGCUUUUAACCAAGUUGAGUAAAACGUCAGAAAUUGGCAAAAAGUUCAUCGGUAUUGUGAACCAACUGGCCUUUGCGAAACAGUCUGACCCAUUCGAGGCAGUUGCAACGAUGACACCGUACACAAUGCUUACGUACCUGAAAAACAAUGAUGCAAAUUUUAAGUUCGGUGGGUCAAGCGAUGGUCCAUCAGAAAUUAGAGCACGUGAUAAUACACUGAAAUUCGGCGAUCCAGACCAGAUGAUACUUACCAUGGCAUCUUUAGCAGAGAAAAUUUGUCCUGCAUUUAGGGCGAAAAUUGCUAAAGGAUUCGGCCAUGUAUGUUUUGCUUAUGACGAUUGUCUGGGUCUCAGGUGUAAUGUACCAUUUUCAUCUGGUGCAAACACCACACCACUAUAUGCGUCCUUCAGACACAAACCUUCAGACACAGCAAUUGUUGUAGAAAUAAUGAACAGAACUCGGCAUUUACUUCGACCGGAAGGUACUGACGUGACCAUAGAUCUUCAUACAAAAGUUUUUGAGAUGGAUCUUUUCUUUGUUGGCCAUGUCAGAUUAGACGAAGGAACUGUUCACCUCACAGUGGAAUUUAAACUAUGCGCUGACCUCUUUGUGUCAUGUCUUCCACCGGUUGAACUAUUCCAUGACAUACCGUUUACCCAAUAUAGCAUCAGACGUAAACGAGGCAUGUUCUAAGCUCGGGAUGGUAAAAUUGGGCAGCUUCCGGUCCCAAUGUUUAUGAUGCAGCUUAGCGAAUUCGAUCUUUUGAACAGAGAAGUGACACAAAUAUUGGAACAAGUAAGACAGACAGUUCUUAAUGAGCUGUUGAACGACGUAAGGAACAAACUUACGAAUGCAGCCACAGAGUUUUCUAAAAAAAUAGACUUCUGUGUGAGCGCCAAUAUUCCUGUUCCUCCGUUUGACAUCGAGUUCUUCAACUUCCAUCACAAGUUCCCGGUUGGCCCUAUUCUACUAUCACUUGGGUUUGGGGCAGCAGGUUCUGUUGGUCUCGGGGUGAAGAUCGGACUGUGUGUGGUCAGUAUGACAACUAAACUAACCCUGACCCCAUGGGUUGGAGGAAAAGUUUGGGGUGACGUAGCUGUGGACCUUGGGGUUAUGCGCGGCGGUAUACGUCUGAUCGGCUACCUUAUGGAGACGAAAUUUCCGUUAACUACAGAGGUGGUCUUUUCCAAGUAUCCUAUUGACGUUGGAGUCAAAAUGGAUAUGGAACUUACACCAUUUAGACUUGAGAUGGUGGCAUUUGUAGAAUGGUGUUUAGUAAAGACAUUAACCAUCUUUAAAGGAACCCUUUGGGAGUACGCCGUUCCUUCAAUCAAAAAGAAUAUAUUCCAUAAAAAGAAACGAGACGAAGACCCGUCUCCUCCUUCUAUUCAGCCUUUAACUAUUAAUGAAUGCAGAAAACGUUCCGGUUCGAAAGGCUGCCUGGUCCAGCAGAUUUACAACCGCCCGCACUAUGAUCCAGCGUUCAGGUUAGAAAUGUACGCACAGGACGAGGUCAGUGAAACUAAACUGUUUUACGCCAUUGGUACUCACGAGGGAGGUACGAAUUUGCGGAACUGGACUGACAUGGGAGGUAACUCUUUGAUGGUUCCAGCCAAGAUCCCGGGCGGUUUUCCAAUAUACUGGUCAGUAAAAGCUAAGAACAGCCAAGGCCUUGAAGCUAUCGCACAAUGUUCGUUAAAAACCUAUGACAGCACAUUAACCGACGGGAGAGUAGAACAUGCGUACAAAUUUUCUUCCCAUCCUUCAAAAAUGGUCGCUUCAGUUAUAGCUUUUGAUGACAGUCCGCUCAAGGAAAUACAUUACAAAGCAAUCGGAUUUAGUCCGGGAAAGUUUGGUUCCCAGUUUGUUGGAUGGGAAGAGGUACGUCUGGACCAUUCAUCACCGAGAAAAGGCAUUUCAGGUCAGCUGAAGUAUUUCACUUAUCCCAGGGAGGGAAAGCUCGUUGCCUACAUUCUGAAAACGACGAAUGUACGAACACCAGAGCUAUGCGCCCAAGCUUGCAUAUCGUACGGAUACAACUGUAUUUCAUUUGAUUAUGAAUACCAUUCGGAAACAUGUGACAUGCAUGAUGUCGUUGAAGGGGCUAAUGUUUAUUUGAGGAUCAGCGGCACUUACAGCAACUAUGAACGUUUAGGUAUUGGGUACCACGUGACGCUAGAGUAUGAUAACCUACCGUUAUCACAUGGUUCGCAGUAUUUUGUGAAUGUUCAGGUUAACAAUGUCCUGGACUACCAAGCUUUCAUACUUGGCGAGGGAACCUUAAUAGAUUUUACUCCACCAGAACCAGGCCUGAUCUUGAAUAACAAGACUGACUACUUAAAAGCGGACCGGUGCAAAGCAUCUGUAGCACAGCGCUGCAACGAGGUGACAUGGAAAGCAAACCACAGAACUAUCAUUGACGGCCCUGGAUCAAAAACAGUGUUUAACGGACACGAGCCACUUAAGGAUGAGCUAUAUACCCUUACCAAUCACUACGUAACAGCUAACUGGAAGGGAUUUCAUGAUGAUGAAAGCGGUAUUUGGGGAUAUACAUGGGCUGUUGGGAGAAACACCUGCAGUUCGGAUGUUAUUCAAUUUGAAGAUCCGUAUGCUCAUUUGACGGACAAAAAGUUCUGGACAGAUUCAGCGUUUCACAAGGGCAUACAUCUUCCCGACGGCCCUUACUAUGUCACUGUCCAAGCCCUUAACGGUGCAGAAUUGGGUGGGUCGUUAGUUACAACAGUUUGUCACUCCACUCCUUUUAUCGUCGACACUACGCCGCCAGUGUUCAACAAAGUUACAGACAUUAUAUAUGAUGAAGACUUUGACUUGAUUGCAAUCUAUUAUAAUGCUACCGAUGAACUCAGUAAAAUUGCACACGCCGAGUUCGGCCUUGGGAAAACAAAGUAUGACGUUCAACUGAAGGCUUACGGUCUGCAUGCACCUAUGGAACGAGAAGAUCCGUUUGUUGCAGUGAAUGAGUUAGGAUUGCAAGAGGGCGUUCUUGCUUGGAUCAGGAUCAGAGUCACAAAUAAUGUUGAAUUGUUCACUGGAGGUCAUGGCGAGGAACCAAUUUUAAUUGACAAGUCACAGCCAAUACCUGGUAAUAUUAUGGACGGGGAUCGUUUGCGAAAGGACAGACAGUUCCAGGCAGAUGACGAUAAAAUCUGUGCACAGUGGAUUGAUUUUUACGAUCCAGAGUCUGGUAUUGACAGGUUUGUAUGGGGCGUAGGUACAUCGCCACAGAAAGAUGACAUUGUAAUGUUCCACAAUCUCACACGUUACGACAAGUCCAGUUGUUACCUGGUCAAUUUACAACACAACCACACGUAUUACUCCACAGUAUUAGCUUACAACAAUGCUCUGAAUUCAAAAGCAUCAAACAGCUCUUCCGAUGGAGUACUCGUUGACAUAACACCGCCACUAGCAGGGAGAGUCGCGGAUGGAAAUCAAGGGUACCCAGAGCAAGAAUACAGUUCAGAAACGGUGUCAAAAUUUGCAAAUUGGCAUGGUUUUUAUGAUCCAGAAAGUGGUAUACAGAACUACAGGGUAGACGUGUUUAUAAACAAUGAACACAAACAAUCGUUUGAAACUGGGACUGAACAGAUUUUUGAAGACCAUACUAUUUCAAUGGAACACAAAGACAAUGUAAACUUUAAAGUUCACGGAGUGAAUGGUGCUGAGCUGGAGGUAGAUGCAGACAGCGAUGGUUUCCUGGUUGACCUUACCCCACCCAUAAUGACCGAAAUUUCGAAUCUCGACAAUGGUCAAAUUUACCAAAGUGAUAACUCGAAACUCAGUUUGACGUGGAAUUACCAAGACGAGGAAUCUGGCAUUGAUCUAUACAGGGUCACCAUAUUCGAGAGUAAAUAUGGCAUAAAACAAAAGUACUGGCCGAACGGGAAAAAGUACAAUGAAACAAAACCAAUAUCGGCCUUUAAUGGACGAAUGCAAGUGGUGCUAGAUAACCUAUCGUUAGAAGAUGGGUCAAGGUAUUCAUUGCAAGUCUCUGCUAUAAAUGGUGCGAAAUUAUCAACAUCACAUGAAACGCAAGGUUGUAUCAUUGAUACAACUUUUCCCGAGCCUCCAAAUGUACGUAUAGGUUUACCUAAAGAUGACGAGGAACUUGAUGAUGUAGGUAACAUUGUCCACGGUGACCAGAACGGAAUCCGCGCAAGUUGGAGCGGUCGUGACCCACAAAGUGGUAUUCAGACGUAUUUUGUUGCAGUAGGGAUAGAGUCAUCAUUGGAAUCAAUUCUACAGUUUACCGAUUUUGGAGAUCAGACAACUGCAUAUAUCAACAACAUUUUCUUAAAUCCCUCGAUUGCGAAUGGUACAUCACCAAUCCUCUAUAAAGUUUCUGUUAAAGCUAUGAAUUGGGCUGGUUUGACAUCUGCUCCCGGGGAAUCAAAACCAAUAUUCGUGCAGAAGGCGAAUGUGCCUGGAAUUAUUUUUGAUGGAAGAGAUCUGUACGAAGACGAGGCAUUUACAAUCGACCACACGUCAAUUGCCGCCUCCUUCUUUGGCUUUGGAAGUGAAGAAUGCGAUAUAAUUGGCUACGACUGGGCUAUAGGAACCACAGAGUAUGGAACGGACGUACAGUCAUACACUGAUUAUGGUUUAGUUAUGAAAAAUAAAACCCACGGGCAAUGCCAGGUUCAUACCGAAUUGUUCGAAGACCUUUUGUAUUACAUUUCUAUACGCGCAGUUUUAGGAUGUCGCAAGGAAUAUGUUGUAUCAUGCUCAGACGGGAUUACAUUAGAUCGUAUUGCCCCAGCUGUUAUAUUUGAGAUUGGCAAUGAAACGGCAAUAAAUCAUGUGAUGUAUCAAUCAUCAACAUACUCUCUUGACAUCACCGGCAACACCACAGAUAAAAAUGGCGUUUCGUCAGUGGAGUGGAGUCUCGGUACAGUUGCUGCACCUGAUGACAAACAUCCAUUUACUGGCGAUUUAUCUGAACUCACCAGUGGUGCAGCGCUCGUUCCCGGCGAGGCAGUUUUUUUAACGGCACAUGCUGUUGAUAAAGCUGGAAACGAGAAUGUCACAUCGUCUAUGACGAUAAUUGCUGAUAUUACAUCUCCAGUAAUUAAGAAUUUCGACUGCACUAAUAGCAUCUCUGCCCGUAAAAGCUUAGUGACAUGCACCUGGCUUACAGUGAUUGAGGACGAAAGUUUGAUAAAUCAUGUUGAACUAUCAAUGGGUUCCAGCAGCACAGGCAUUGACAUAAUGGACAGCAAGAUAAUUCAUAGAAGCGCUUACAGCUUUACACAAGAUUUGUAUGAUAAUAUUAUCCAAAUGCCAACUAUGAACUAUGUUCAUGUAUUGAUAACCGUCAGCAACGUGGUUGGACUAAAGAAAUCAUAUGGCUGGAAGGUGAUUGUUGACAGAACGCCACCUACGGUGGAAAGCCUUUACGUGGUAACUAGCACGAUUCCCGGUGUCAUAAAUGAUCAUCAUCAGCAUUGCCAGCUAUCAAGUGGUUAUGUUGAAGUCAAACUGAAUAAAGUUAAAGACAAAGAAACAGAUAUCGAUGAAAAAAGAUAUGAACUUGCUAUCGGAAGUUCAGCUUAUGGAACGGAUUUUCUAGUAUUUACGCCAAUCGAAAAAUCGUCAAGUUCUCUUUUUUUCAUGGAUGGUUUCUUUUUGCCAGCUGGUGUGACUUUCUUUGUAACAAUGAGAAUAUAUAACAACGCCGGUUUGUCAACAGAGGUUUCAUCCCAGAGCGUCGUUGUAAGUCAAACACCAUACCUCUCAGUUCAGGACGGAAAUCAAGACGAGGACAUUGACUACCAAUCAUUGCCGAAUGUAAUAGAAGGCACUUGGAAAUAUUCAGACACCUGUCCUAUUUCAGAUGCAAAAUGGUCGGUAGAAAACAUAGCCGGAAAAGUUAUGUUCGAUUUCAUUCAAAUACCAAAUGCUGAUAGAGUGUUCUUUAACGAUGAGGUUCGAUUAGAAAAUGGUAUUAAAUAUAUUGUAACCGUCCAAACAAUAGAUGCACUAGGAAGAAAAAGGAUGGCUCGAUCUGAUGGAGUUUCGAUACGAAUACAACCUCCAUACCCGGCAUCAGUCCGAGAUGGUUUGGAUUUAGAUUUGAACUAUCAGUUUAGUACAUCAGAUCUUUCUUCAAACUGGGACAAUUUUGGUGAUACCUCUAACGAUCCGACACAAACCAUUACUCGAUAUGAGUUAGCCAUAGGAAACGACAGGCGAUAUUCUAAGACACGUUCUAAUGUUCAUUACUUUGUAAAUGUUGGUCUGAAUACUGCUUAUACUUUCACAAACCUUAACUUGACUUCGAAAUUGGUUAAAUAUUACAUUACGGUUCGUGGAUAUAACCAAGCUGGUGGAUUUGUUGAAGGGUAUAGUAAUGGAAUACGUGUUGGGUUUGACGAUGGUGUUAGCUCAGGAAGUGUUUCGGUUAACAAAUACCAAUAUUCUACAAAUGUAAUGGCAGUUUCAUAUUCUGGAUUUCAGUCUGACAUUGCAAUAAUUGACUACAAAGUGGCAAUUAGCAGUCAUGGUGAAAUCAUAACAAAUGAUACGGUAAAAUGUAUUGCUAUACUGAGGAACACAUCCAUGUACGAUGUCAGCAAAUUGCAAAGUUAUGGUUUGAAUGAAUAUGUGAAAAUUGAUGAGCUACAUUUAGUACAUGGUGGUUCGUACUAUGUAACAGUCGUGGCUGAAGACGAAGCAGGAAUGUGCAUUAUAGUUAUAGGCGGUCCGGUCAUUAUUGAUACAACUCCACCGCAGAAAGGUCAGAUGUAUAUAAAUGGAAUAAGUCCCACCAUGGUUGUCUACCUUAGACUUCAUUCUGAAAUGCAUGUUGAAUGGACCGGAUUUGUGGAUAUCGACUCAGGCAUUCGUUCUGUACAUGUACAGUUGUUUGAGUGUGACCAAUGCUUUAACACUACUAUUUCAAGCGAAUCAUGCUACUUGAUAGAUGAAAGUUUUGUUUUCAACGACACAGACGCAGCUUUUUAUGAGCUUGAUUUGUUUUCCGAAAAGGCAUAUUACAUUGGUUUAAAAGUCACAAAUGAAGCUAAUUUAAGCACCACAUCUCAGAGUUCAACAAUCUUGAUUGAUGAAUCACCACCUCUAGCAGGUGAAGUAAAAAUAACAGGUGAUUGGAAAAACGUAGCAACAUUUCAGCAUUCAAGAUCAAUAUUAUCAGGGCUUGUCUCUAUUUCUUUGACUGAGGAAGAUUAUUGGUGUCGAAAUCAGUUCCGAUACUUUCCCGUUAUUGGGUCGGACAGGAUGACAGAUAUACUUGAUAAAUUUAGUAACGACUUUUUAGUUAUCAAUUCCACCGGUGCGUAUUUGGGCAUUGGUUACAGUUCAGAUCUCUUAGAUAUGACAAAAACUGGCAUUUUAUCUGAAAAAAUUCCUCUUCAAAAUGGAAAUUACACAUUUAGUGCUAGAGCAGCUAUUGGAGAUCAAAUUAUUACAACUAUUGCAAUUAUAACCGACCCGGUUGCAAUUUCAUAUGAAAUUACAAAAAAACCUGUCGAGGUAGUGUUUAACUUAAGUGCUUUCGAGAACAUUACCGGACUGGAAGCAGAUAAUUCUACUGACAGUGGAAAUAUAAAUACAACUACAACGGAUAUUCCAGGAUCGUUUAAACCAAAUAAUAAUACAGGUGAAGGAACGGCUAAUUUUGAGGCAGACGAGUACGGCUUUGGAAUUCAUAUUCUUGGAUACAAGAUAGGCGAUAAUGAAUACUAUCACCAUGUGUUUUGGGCUAAAAGCAAAUUCGAAACAGCAAACCGAUGGUUUCAAACGACAAAAUCACCAGAUCAAAUUAAUGAGUAUGUUAUAAAUGUCAAGAAAUGUUCUGAAUACCUAACAGAUACCGUAGAUCUGUUAUUGAUUGUUGACGGCGACGAAAAGGAAACGCUGUUCGGCUUCAAGUUUGAUGGAAAUGUAAAACUGGCAGCGCUUACUUGGAAUGAAGACAACUAUAUGCCACCAUUAGAUGUAUACAAACCAUUUUAUUCCGAUGCCGUAAUUAGAGCAAUACAUGUACCAGACCAUCGAGACAAGCUGUGCCGCCAUGGUAGAGCUUUCUAUGACGGACAAAGCGGAAUAAAGGAGUUGUGGAUUGGCGUGUCUGAUAAUAUCAAAGAGAUGGGCAAUGUUCUUCCUUUGUCUUUAUAUAAGAAAUUCUGUUUCCCUUGCAUUAAACCAUGUGAUAACAUCUGCAAAGAAAACUGUGCCGAUGAAAAACUCUCAAAUGGUUUUAAUAUUGUUCCAGUCGAGGUAAACGGAUUAGACAUGGACGAAAUCAAUAUGAAUUCUACAUGUGUGAAUAUUUCGAGUGAGGAACAGUGCAACAGUACAUCUUUUUACAUUAACGCAAAGCUUGUCAACUUUGCAGGGGAAGAAACUUCUGUUUUUUCAAAUGCAAUACAAAUUGACACAACGCCGCCACAAUGUUUCUAUGUUGAAUGUACUGACCCAAAUUACAAUGUAGACCAACCGACAAUGUAUCUAGGUUCCAGUUCAGCAAUUGGAGCUUUUUGGAACUGUACAGAAAAGGAAAGUCUCAUUGUUCUGCAUAAAGUCGAAAUUGUAGAUUUCACUAAUGGCGACAUUAUUAUGAAUAACACUGAUGUCGGGCUUAAAACCAGAGUACGAUUCGAAUUUGCAAACGAUACCUUUGAAGAUGGCAGUGAUUACGAGGUUAGAUUGACUGUAAUCAACAGUGCUGGACUAACAUUUACGUCCUCAUGCAAAGUCCAAGUUAAUCUUUACCCGCCAGACGUCACUGCUGUCGUUUCAGAACCUUUGUACACGGACGGGAAGACACAUUCAGAGAUGGAGAUGCCAUACUGGACUGAUUCCCAGACCAACAUCGGUAUGCACUGGUCUGGAGGGACAUCCGAUACAGAGUUUUACGAAUGGAAGAUUGGAACAAAACCGGACGGAUCAGAUUUAUUCCCAUCGUCCAAAGUUGGUAUUAAUUCUACAGGAUCCACCGCGAUCGUUCAUGGCAAAGUACACUACAAUAGCAAGUACAUCAAUAAAACUGUGUCCGAAUAUCGUAACAUGACCAAUAUGACACAAGAACUAUUUCAAAACCUUACCUCAGCCAGUGAAAAGGAGAAGACCUUCUUCAACAUGGAACCAGGAAGAUGCCUAUAUCAGUCUCUGUACGCGCGGGGAUAUUCACAUCUCAGCAGUAAAAUAAAUGAGAGUAUUGUUUGUGUAAAACGACCCGGUGAUGUAUAUUUAAACGGAGCUAAAGGCAAAUCGGUUAUAAGGGCGUACAAGGUGAAAUCAUCUACAUCUUGGGACACAUCUGACCCUACAGUAACCCCGGAGAUUACUGUUUACGCAAGAUUAACUGGAGGCGGCCUGACAGUGGGAACAAUCACGCAGUCGGAUCAGGAUGAAGUAUACGGCAGCGCGGCUACUUCGGAGUACAAGCCCUACAUUUCUAACCUUCAAACCACCCUACAGCAAACAUCGAGACUCUUACGGAAACGAAUACAGCGUCUUUGCAACGUCACGUUUUUCCUGACACCGUCACCAGUAGCCAAGGUUACAGAUGUCACUAUUAACACGAUUGUACCAGUGGGAUGUGAGAAAGACUUUUACUACCAACCAGCCCUUGUUUACUGGGAAAAAAAUGAAGAGCAGUGGGUCCAUAUCGAUGAAGGAUGCAAUGAGUACCUGUCGUCAAUCGUCCACUCGUCACAGUAUAAUUCAACAAUCUGUGGAUCAACAAGAAAUAACACAUCCACCCGUAAGCGUCGAGCGACAUCGUUUGAAAUCGAUGAACCAAGACAGUACAGUCUUGUUUUAAUAACAAAAAGGUAUCAAAAUUCACCACCGAAAAUUAUCACGGACAACAUCUACUUCAUUGAAGACGAAUCGAGCGCAUUUGAUAUUGAAACAUCUGAUGCAGAAGACGAUGUUCUCAGCUACAGAAUUGUGGACAAGCCAAGCAAUAUUGAUUGUAAUAUAACCUCAUUCGGAAAACUAGAAUGUAUCCCCGAAGACGACUUUUAUGGCAAUGUUAGUGUAACGGUCGAAGUCGUUGAAGAAGGUCUGCCGUAUUUUGAACAUCCUUACUCAGAGAAAAAGAAGUUGAGAAUUGGUAUACAGGACUUUCCAGACAAAACUGACCGUUUCUUUAUAGAUUUAAAUGAAACUUGGCAUGAGGAAAAACGACCAUCCAUGAAACAAACAGUCAUAAUAAAUGCAAACCGGUCUGCUUCCCUUUUUGUUGGAAAGAUAAUUCUCGCCGAUGUUGAUGGUGGUGAAAGAUUUUCAACAAUUUCACGAUUUGCUUCUCUAGGAAAUUCGUCUUUUUCUCUGAAUGCCGCUGACCUCGAUUCAAUUCCAUUUCAAAACUACACUACCAAAAACUAUCGGUCAAAGGCAGCUUACGACGUUGUUUUUGAAUUUAGUCCACAACUUAAAGGAAAAAUGGUCCUAGAUUUUAUUGCCCAGACGGGUGAUUUCAGUUAUACCCCUGGAGUUACGAUCAGUUUGUAUGUCUUGGAGAAUCCUUGUAUCCAUGGUUACUGUAAUCAUCCGACACUAGGAGAGGAGGCAUGUAAUGAUACAGCUCGCUCUGAGUCGUUUGUAGGAUUUGAGUGCGUGUGUUAUCCAGGCUACAUAGACGAGUGGUGUCAAACGGAAAUAGACGAGUGUGCGCAUGAGCCCUGCUUAACCAUGUACGAUUGUGAGGACCUGGUGAACGAUUACGAAUGUAACAUCAAUAUACCCAAGCUUAUGGCGGCCAUAAUUUGUCCUCUCAUUUUCCUGAUACUUGUCGUGUACUUGCUAAGGAGGAUUGUAAUUCAACAAGACAGAGUGAAUAUAGAAGUGGUAAAAGCCCGUUGGCAGAAUAACAGAGCGUUUGAACCGAUGACCAAAUGGACAGAAAAUCCGCUUCUGUUUAUAGACGGAGCGUUGCCGCCGCUUCCUCUCAAUUUAAAUGAGGAAGACGGUUCCCUAGACCUUGAUAUAUUUUCGAACACUAUUGCACAGCCUGAAUCAAAGCCGAGGACGUUGGUCGCCGAAAAAUUGACUGCAGCCACUGGGCGGCUCAAAUUAUUCAAGUAUUGGAAAGAAGGCUCACGAAGGGCUGGACUUAUGGACGCAGGUACCCAGACACUUCAUGAAGGUGAGGAGCGAUCGCGAAUAGCUGCUGUUUUUCACUUAAAAGACAGGGAUAAUACCGACGAGGUGGCAAAUGUCCGGUGGCAGAAUAACAGAAUUUUUGAACCGAUGAACAAAUGGACGGACAAUCCGUUAUUUUCUGAAGGCAGAGUGUUGCCUCCACUUCGUUGCAAUUUCAAUGAGGAAGACUGUUCACUAGACCUUGCUUUCUUUGGGAACACUCCUGCACAACCUGAAUCAAAGUCGAGGAAGUUAGCCGCUGAAGAGUUGGCCGAAUCUGGGGAUCGGCUCAAAACAUUCCAAUCUAUAAAAGAGGACGCACAAAGGGCUGGACUGAUGAACGCAGGUACCCAGACACUUUAUGAAGCAGUGGAGAGACCGCCAACCGCUCCUACUAUUUUUUUACAAGACAGGGAGACUACCGACGAGGUUGAAACCGCCCAGUGGACAAAUAACAAAGCGUUUGAACCGCUUAACAAAUGGACGGACAAUCCGCUCUUUGAAAAAGGCAUGGCAGCACUGUCUUCGCAUCAACGCAAGUUCAGUGAGGAAUACGAUUCCGCAGACCAUGCAAUCUUUGCGAAAACUCAUGCACAGUCUGAGUCAACGCCGAGCAAUUUCUCAACUGAAGAGCUGACCGAACCUAAUUGUGACCGGUUAAAGGUUUUUCAGCCUGUGAAAGAAGUCACGAAAGGGCAAAAGUUCGAGGUUGAAACACUCCUUGAUGACGAACAAUCGUCGUGUCUAGCGAUCGCAGAAAUGCCGGUAGUGGAUGUAAACACAGUUUAAAGUAUAGAGCAGUUAAGGUAGAGGCGAUCGUCACAUAAGCUUUCGAAUGCUCUAAAGCCGCUUAGUCACGACGCUAUCGAUGAAUGGUAAAUAAGUUGAAAGAUGAGUAUUGAAUUGCAGGCACCAACGUUUAAAACUCGUGUACGAGUUCUACAGGUAUAAUUCAUGUGUUGAAACAAAUCACUGUGUCUGUUUUUUCUAAAAAGUAUAACUCAUUUCUUGUAUUCCAAAUUACCGUUAAAAAUCAGUGAGACUUACUGCUAGUUCUGACUUCUUUUCACAGUAAAAUGUAGAUAUAAAUAUAUAUUCCUUUUUUUAAUAUCUUUUCACAUGCUAAAGUGAAAACACGGAAAAUGGAAACAUGCCAUAUGAAUAUUUAAGUGUCAGGUGUCGUAAGUGAGAUAUCCUAAAAGUUUAAAGAAAGUGGUUAUAAUUUUGAAGAUGAGUUGAUUUUGUACUUUCUUAUCGAACAUUGAGGCUUGGGUUCAAAUUAGGAAAUCUCUAUUAAAGUACAUAAAUUUAAAUAUUGCAUUGAUUUGCCAUAUGACGCAUGCACACGCUUACACUUCAUCCAAGUUUAUUGAAAUUUGAACCAAAAACACAAAAUAAAUCUUGGUCUUAAACAUGUAAAAAAGCACUUUUUUCAUACGUACAAAUGUUUGCUUAGCUUGAAUAUGUAAACUCCAUGUAA